AUGGCCAAGAUCAAGUCUAUCGAAUACUUCCGGGUCAAGCCGCGCUGGCUAUUUGUCAAGGUCACAGAUGAAGAGGGCAAAUUUGGCUGGGGUGAAGGCACUCUCGAGGGCCACUCACUGGCUGUGGAGGGCGCCCUGGACGAGAUCAUCUCGCGUCUCAUCGGCUUGGAAGCAGAUGACAUCGAGCACAUCUGGCAGCUGAUGUGGCGAUUGGGAUUCUACCGCGGCGGUCCCGUUUUCAUGUCCGCCAUGUCGGGCAUUGACAUCGCGCUGUGGGAUCUAAAGGGUCGUCGACUGGGCGUCCCCAUCUACCAGCUGCUGGGUGGCAAGGUGCGCAACAAGGUGCAGGUGUAUGCAUGGAUUGGUGGCGACCGGCCAAGCGAUGUCGAAGCUGCUGCUAAGGCACGUAUUGCCCAAGGGCUUAAGUGCAUCAAGAUGAAUGCCACUGAAGACGUGAACUGGCUCGACUCCCCCUCCGUCCUCCAAUCCUGUGUCGAGCGUCUCAAGCAAGUCAAGGCACUCGGCUUGGAUGCCGGUCUUGAUUUCCACGGUCGUCUGCACCGACCAAUGGCCAAGCAGCUUGCCAAAGCUCUCGAGCCCUACCAGCCUCUAUUCAUUGAAGAGCCACUCCUCUGCGAACACCCCGAAGCCAUCAAGCAGCUUUCCAACCACACCACCAUUCCCAUUGCUUUCGGCGAGCGUCUCUACACCAGGUGGGACGUGAAGCGUUUCCUCGAGGACAGCUCCGUCGAUGUCUUGCAGCCCGACAUCGCACAUGCCGGUGGAAUCUCCGAAACCAAGCGCAUUGCGACUCUGGCCGAGACUUAUGAUGUCGCCAUCGCACCUCACUGUCCUCUCGGCCCCAUUGCCCUGGCGGCAUCCAUGCAGGUCGCGCUGUCGACGCCCAACUUUGUCAUCCAGGAAAUGUCGCUGGGUAUGCACUACAAUGUCGAGGCGGGAGAUAUCGAUCUCAACAGCUAUCUGGUGGACAAGACCGUAUUUGAGAUCGAGGAGGGAUAUGUGCCGGCACUGUCCAAGCCUGGGUUGGGUAUUGAGAUUGAUGAGGACUUGGUGCGACGCAUCAGUAAGGAGACCGAGCCGUGGCUGCCUAAGGAGUUCUACGGGCCGGACGGGUCGAUUCGGGAGUGGUAA